AUGCCGCAUCCAAGGCGCAGAAAAUUUUCAGUAAAAAAUAAUAUAAUAACCAAUGAUAUAGCACAAUUGCAAAAUGCAAAGUUAGUAAGUAAUUCCGAUAUCAAAAAAGACGUAAAACCUACUACAAAUUGUAUAUCAAAUUUGGUUGAUUGUGAUAAACAAACUCUUCCUAAUACAACAAUAUGUACUGACGAUAGAAAAAACAUUAAAGAUAAUUCUAGCACUUUAUUAACCACCACUAAAGGUAAUUUGAUAACUACCAAUAAAGACAUAUCAGUAACAUUAAGCAUAAACGAUUUAAUUAGUGCCAAUACUUCUAUUACUUUUUAUAAGAAAUCUUUAGUAAAAGAAAAAGAAAACACAAUGAAAAUUCAAACACAAUCUGAUAUACAGAAAACGGCAAUAAAAAGAAGCAGACAUGCUCGGCAACAUAUAAUAAAAAUAAGAAAUCCUAAGCGUAGAACUCCACUGACAAGUAGCCGAACCACAAUUGUAACUAAAUUGUCUAUAGGAACAGACACAGAAGGUUUGACAACAAUUCCUAACACUUUAUACAUAGAAAAAAUAACAGAUAAUUAUAACAAUGAAGAAAUAUCUAAUAGUUAUUCCAUUGAGGACAUGUGUCGUAUUUGUCACGGAGGUGACACGUUUUCUCAAGAACUUGGCAAUUUAAUAUCAGCGUGUUCUUGUCGGGGAACAGUAGGCAGAGUGCAUAUACGAUGUUUGGAACGUUGGCUAACAGAGUCUGGGAAGUCAAGGUGUGAAUUAUGCGGUAUUCGCUAUGUCACUCGUCGCGUCCACAGAUAUGGUGUUCCUAAAGGUCUUGUAAUGUGGAUCUUAAGUCAAAAUGCUAAACAGCUAAUGGUGGAUACUUUAGGAAUUAUAUUGAUGUCCCCGCUCGCCAUUAUGGCUGCAUGGCUUUCUGGAAGGACGUUUACUGGAUUGAUAUCACAAGAAACUCACUCUUCAGCAACACCAUGGCCUCUGGCUUCCACUUUCGUCCUGGCAUGUAUGACACUUGUAUGCUACUAUUGCUGGAUUGUUUCGGCGGCGACUCGUCAUGCACUAAGUUGGUGGAUUUGGUACAGAUCACAAUACGAAGUACGAUUGGAACUACAUAGCGAAACAGAACAAUGA